AUGAAUUUCCACAAUCAAACAAAAGAGUUGUUGGAGCGACAUCCAUGGCUUUGCCCAGCUGUUUAUGUAUUCACUUUUGUUAUCUUUCUUAUUAUUUGUCUGGGUUUUGGGGCACUUUCGAUUGCAUGCUGUCUGUGCUUUGCAUUUUUGGGAGCCAGUAUAGCUACAUGGAUUGCAAACGAUUCAAACGGAAGAUUCCUCUACCCACUUGUUAAUGCAUGGCUGUCACAACGUUCCUCGCAGAAGGGAGAGUUUAACUCACCGACUGAUCCGUCUGAGAAGAAAAAUCACUUGUUUCCCUGGAAAGAGGCCAAAGUACCAGCGUCAGUAAACGAUGCUAUUGAAACUUUGCUGGACCAACUGAUCGAUACGUAUGUCAAUGACUGGUAUGAGUCCGGUAUCAGCAGGGAUCGUGAUUUUCUGAACGAGAUCAGGCAUCAAGCUCGGUUCGCGUGCUCCCAGCUUUUAUGUAAACUAGCUACUCUGGACCUGCCGACACUACUUGCUGAAGAUGUUCUACCAACUGCAGCUCUUCACAUGCAUAGAAUUAUCAACUUGGAGGAUGAUUUGUCCGAAAAGAUGUAUCCUCGCUCUCUAUUGGAAACAUCUAUAUGUGAUGUUUUUCCUGAUUUACACUUUUGUCUUGGAAGCAGAAAAAAUGAACUCGAUUACUUAAGACAGGUUGCUGAUUUCCUCAUAACUAAAUUACUUGACGACACCCAUCUUGCCGGAAGAGCUCACGAUGACGAUGGUCCUUCACGUUUAGGUGAAAACACGAAUAUGUCAACAUGGCCAUCACAGUCUGUCAGACAUUUCACACGUGAACUAAUCGUGAAUACUUUGCUUCUCCCUUGUCUGGAUUUGAUAGCUGACCCAGAUACCAUCAAUCACUUGCUGAUAAUAGCUUUCGAUGCUCAGAAAGGAGAUAUUUCCGGUGCUACGCCAUCGCAUGAUUCCGACGCGACGACAGUCCCAUUCCUAACUAAUUUUGCUGAACAUACCGCUCAGAUAGUUCCUGACUCUCUUCUACAACUUAAGUUGAGUGAGGUUUUACGAGAUGCGCGGCAAUAUUCCACUUUUCGACUGUACUUGCAAGAUACACGUGGACCAGUGAAUGAACUUUGUUUUUUAGCAGAAGCUUCUCGUAUUCACUCUAGCAUGCAGAGGAAGGCGGAAUCGUCAAGUCAAAUUGCUUACGACAUAUGGCAACUUUUUGGGCAGUUUGUCCAUGACAGCGCUCCAGAUCGAAUUGAAUUUGACGCGGAAAUUGUACAGGAGUUCAAAACUGCCGUAGAAUGUAAUAAUUUACCACUUCUAGAUAAAGUGGUCGAAACGUCGUAUCAAUUGGUAUAUCAGCGCAUGCAAAACGAACAUAUAAUUCCAUUCUGUCAAUCGGAUUAUUUCUUAGGAUACCUGUGCGGUAGUCCGCCUGUCUGUGUAAAUGAACUUAUCGAUCAGCAAUCAAUGCCUAGAAAGGCUUCGGUGUCAGGAGGAACAUUCUCCUUGGCUCAGUUCAGAUCGAGGCUACGUAAAGCGAUAGCGGUUGUGUCUCUUGACGGGUCGUUGGAUAAUGAAGAAUCGCUUAACAACAGCCUUGCUGAUGAAGAUGAUGACAUCUCUUCUUCCUGUGAAAGCGCCCCUCCAGAAAGCUGUGUGGUCAUCGAUGCUAAUGGUUCAACUUCAUCGGGUUCUUUUCCUCACCUAUCCUUGCCAUCUAUAGAUGUGUCAGUGAUUGGAGACGUGGACAAUAUCUCUCCGGCUAAAGAUGUCGCCUCUUCAUCCGCUUCCGUCGUAGACAGCCUUGAUGCUGAACCGGUUCUUACGAUUGAUAAAGAAACUAAAAAUAUCAAUUUAUGGAAAGUGAAUGUCAGCAAAACCACACCAAUAAGGGAUAGUACAACAGGAAGGACUGUUUACGUAUAUGUGAUCGAUGUGGAGCGCACUGAAGCGAAAGAAAAAGAGACAAAAUCGUGGAGUAUCUAUAGGAGGUUUUCUGAAUUCUACGUUCUUGAAAUGAAACUCAUAGAGUUUCACGGUGAUUCAUUACGCUUCACUCUGCUUCCUCCAAGAAAGAACCUCGUCAACAGAAGUCGUGCUUUUCUGGAACAACAUCGUUUGCUCUUCUCAUUAUUCUUAUCCUCACUUUGCAAGCAAAAAAUGUUGCAUCGUUCUGAUCUACUUUUUGCAUUCCUUACAAGCAGCGAUGAAUUCCGCCACAACCUACUGUUAAGUGACUUGAAUCCAUGGAAGGUUGUAAAGAAAAUGCCGGGAAAACUAGGUAGAGAAAAAGGUCAAAAUCUUCGUCCAUUUUUGCUUACAAUUCUCGCCAAUACUUUGUACGCACAAGAGAAGGUGGAUUUCAAGGAAAAAAUUGAGUCUUCAGAUGCUAGUAGCCUUUCAUCUAUUAGCAUGAGUGCUGAUAAUUACUGUAGCGCAUUUUAUAAUCCUCUUUUUGGCAACAACUGUAAUGGUUGCAUUGUUGCCGAAGAGGCGGAGGGCAUCACACGUUUUUGGACCAGAAGUUUGACAGAUGGCAUUUCCCUACUUAUCUUCUCUGUCAUGGCGCACACAUCUCACUGGAUCUUGAAUAUCCAGUCCGCUUUGAGGAUGUUAUGUCGCAAAACAUUUGACUGUUUGAUGUUGCAUUUACUGGGGAGAGCAUGUCGCUCACUUUUAAAUGAACACAAUAUCGUGUUGUUUGUGCAGUUCAUUCAUGACAGUAUAUUCUGUUCUGAUGGAUCAACACCUUCCGAUCAGGAGAAAAGUCUCCGCGAAGAGCUAGCUAUUAGACGUGCUUUAGAGUUUGUCCAAGAGGAGAUGCCUUCACCUGUUCUUCGAUUGCUAAAUUCGAAAAGUUGGCGUGAAGGAAUUAAAAGGCUUGUGAACACUUUACAAUAUCCUCGUCUCAAUAAGCAUCUAUCUUACCUCUUGUUGGAUUUGUUAAUUACUAAACUUUUUCCGGAAUAUAUCACCUAA